AUGAUAUCCACCCCCUCCAAGAAUGAGGCUACCGCCUCUCUCAUCCAGCAGUCAUUCAAACCCUCAGACAACCCAGAACACCCCAGAAUCCAGGCCGUCGUCGACAAGCUCGGCCUCAGCCCACACAUCGAGGGCGGCUACUAUAAGGUCACAGACAUAUCCCCGAGCACCAUCCCGUCCCCGUACCCGCUCACCCCCCGCUCAAAGGAGACCCUCGCCUUGGCUGGCACCUCCGAGGCCGAGAGCGACGCCUCGGUGCGCCUCAUGUCCACGACCAUCUUCUACUACCUCACCCCGAACCGGCCCCAGGGCACCUUCCACGCCAACCGGAGCCGGAUCAUCCACACCCUCCACCACGGCCGCGGCCGCUACGUCCUCAUACACCCGGACGGGCGCCUGGAGACCUUCGUCGUCGGAUCCAACAUCGACGCCGGCGAGAGGCUGUCCUGGGUGGUCGAGGGCGGGGUGUGGAAGGCCAGCUUCCUCCUCCCCAGCGAGGAGGCGGACACCGGCGAGGAAGGGCUUCUCAUCUCUGAGACCGUUGUGCCUGGCUUCGAUUACCUGGAUCACGAGUUCCUCACACCGGAAGCUUUCAGUGGCCUGCUUCCUGAAGAUGCCGCCUCCAAGUUGGAGUGGUUAGUAAGGGAGCAGGAGGAGAAUGAGUCGGCAGCCCAGACUGAAACAACUAUUCAAACCGAUAUUCUCGAAGCUGGUGGUUCUCUGGGGAACAAUAUAACCCCACGGCUGUCCCAAGUCAGUUCUUAA